AUGGCAUCCGUUAACGUCAACUGUGUUCCUAGAAACCCAGACUUGUUUUGGUUACAAGCUCUAGAUGAGCAUCGCUCAUACAACGUCUCCCACAACCGUAAUGUGACAUUGCCACGUUGCAGAAAAGGUGAUGGCGGGCUGGCUGAAGUGAUGCAGGCAGGUGUGCCCGAGGCAGUUCUUGUCCAUGUCAAGAGUGCUGGGUUUUUCCAACUCUUCCUGGCGGGUAUUUGCCAACUUGAUCAUUCUUUGAUCAACGCGUUGGUGGAGAGGUGGCGUCCGGAAACCAACACGUUUCACCUUCCUGUUGGUGAAGCCACUGUCACCUUGCAAGAUGUGCAGAAAUAUCUAGGUUUUAUUCCUUUAGAAGAUCGUGAUAGCGUGAGCAAGGGGCGGAUCAAUUUUAACACCUUGGCUUUGUCCAUUAAUUUUAGCAAUUUGGACGAGGAAAAUGAGCAAAAGUGCAUAUGCAUGGCUAGAAGGAUUAUUCUAGCUCUGAUUGGUUCGGAGCUUUUUCUUGACGCUAACACAAAAGAUGAUAGUUUGAACUUAUUGAGGAACUUGGUCGACCUGAGCAAAGAAGGUCGAAGGAGUUGGGGUUCAGCAACCCUUUGUUGUUUGUAUAGAAACCUGUCUAAGGCGACCAAGCCUGAUAGAAUGGGCAUUUAUGGGCCUUUGUUGCUGCAGUAUUGGGCCCCAACAAGUCACACCAUUCAAAGAGGAAAUAAACAGUCCUUCAAAUGGACUUCGUAUAAGGAUUUCAUGAACCUGCUCUCCCCGAGUUGUAAGACUGGUCGAACCAUAUGGAAAUAUAUGGGUCCCUUGGUCUUUUGGGAUGAGGUGGAGGUUCAUCUAGGAAAUAGAGUUGCUAGACAGUUUGGGUUGAUCCAAACUGUUCCAGAAGAUUUUGGUUUUUGGAACCAACUGUUCAUAAGUCCCUUAUCAAAUUGCGAAAGGGGAGACGUAGUGUUGUCGAUUGGGGUGAAAAAAACGCUGACUAUAUUGAACAGUGGAACAACUGUAACACCCGUCGUUUAA